GUAUAAACUUUCUUACACAGCAUACCAACCUACCUAAAGCCGCCAUCAUCCGCGGCAGCACUCUCGGGCUCGCACAAUACUCCCUUGCCCUGACUGUAUUCACCUUCUCUGGCUCUUUUCUGGUCAACUAUAGCUGUUUGCUGGAUUUUUUCAAGGACUGGUUCUCUCUUUAUCUCUCAUUUAACAGUGCCCACCAUGAAUGAUCAACGUAGCUAUGAAGGGCAUAUGGAUUGGGAGUACCACAACAACAAGGGGCCGGUCGAUGCUACCAGUCCGUUUGCUCAGGCUUCGCAGCGUGGUGCAAAACUUUCUUCCUUUGCCAGUCCCGCACCACCACAAUACCCCAGCAUGCGACCAAAUCCCUUUUCGAAGCCAGAUAUUACCAUGACGGACUCUCCCUUCAAGACACAGGCCCAAAAGGCUUCCCAGUCCUCCAUCUUCAGCUCUUCGCUCCAGAACCAUCCGAGGGCGACGCCUUUCCGCAAUACCGCUUUUACGACCCCACAGCGGCGUGUUGACGAGUUGGCUUCGGAGAUGUCAGGCGCCGAGACAAGCCCUGCCUUAACCGACAUAUCGGAAGCUGCUAUGGACAACACGCCGGAACCAGACAGCCGUGACGACUUUGGCAAGAUGACAAUCACGCCGGCAAGGGCCAAGCACCUUUUCGCCGCAUCACCAACUCGGAGCACUGCCGCACACAUCUCGGGACGGGGAGAGCUUCCACGACCCAGGGACGCACGAUCACACGACAGGGUUAGAAAGCGCAGGAGGCAGUUCGGAGACCGGGAUGUUGGUAGUGUCCGGCCACGGCUGCAUGCAGAUUCGGACCAGUCCGACGUCGACGUGGACGAUGAGGAUAGUUCGCGUGAAGGCAGCCGCAGUGGUAACAACCGCAGGCAGCGCAGGCGUGAUAACCCUGGAUGGCUCAGCAACUUCCUCACCACCAUACACGAUCACCCCAAUGCGCCCGUUAUCAUGUCAUGGUGGAUCCAGUUCGCCGUCAACCUGAGUUUUGCGCUUAUGGGUGUUGCGGCGUUUGCUGUCAUGGGCCACAUGAUCCUUGCCGAUUUCAGGUAUGCGGCCAGCGAAGCAAGAUCCAAGCUACUCGCCGAGAUGGAGGCGUGCACGCACGAGUACACCAAGAACAGAUGCGCGCCCAAGGUAGACAGGCUGCCGGCGCUAGGCGUGGUAUGCGACGAGUGGGAGAUUUGCAUGAACCAGGACCCGGAGAAGAUUAAGAGCCUUGCUAUAUCGUCAAAGCAGAUGGCCAUCACUAUCAAUGAAUUCUUCAACGUCCUCAGCUUCAAGGCAUGGGGUUUCAUACUUUCUCUGAUUAUCAUAUUCCUACUUGCCAAUAACCUGGGCCAUAGCAAGUUCCGCCAGUCGAUGGCUUCCGAGGUCAAAUCACAACAAACCAGCGCCCCGGCGCCAUCGCAGCACCUGUUUCCACCAUCACAGGACCCGAAGCAGGCCUUCAUCUGGGCACCGGUAACCCCCAAGAAUCUGCGGCGAGGAAUUUUCUUGAAAGACGACGCUUCAGAAACGGAUGAGUCGCCGCAGUCUGAUGUCAAGGCCAUUAUGCCAUCACAGACGCCAUCGAACCGGAGGAGUCCUAGCAAGGGUGAGCGCGAUCGUGAUAGGGAUCGGUUUCGCGCCUAUAGCCCGAGCAAGAGGAGCCCGACUAAAUUCUAUUGAGUCAACUUUUCUUUUGUCCAGUGAAGGGUCAGGGAUUAUGGACGGACGGUCGUUUGUACACUGUUGAUGUCCUCGGCAAUUCCGAAUGUAUUUUUGAAUGCUUGAUUUUGUCCCCCUUUGUGCACCACGGGCUCGAUGCGCUCUCUAACGGCAUAAAUCAAUGCCGAGGGCAGAUACAGCUCCUCUAAGAAAAGCGCACAAACAAACAUGAAGAUACGGAUAUCCAUCGAAUCAAUCCAACACUGCAGUGCAUGUAUGCGACUUGAAGUCUGUGCCAGGGGACAUCAUGCAACGACAGACGCGCAGGCUAACGCAUUUUGUCAUGGCGUCUUAACAUCAUGUA